GUGCCGCCGCAAUCUGACCUAGUGCCUCGUCAUGACGUACCUCCUGCUGCUGGUGACGGUGCUGGUCGGCGGCGCUAUGGCGGGCUGCCCGGACAUCCCCACGCUGGCUGUGUUUGACAUCGCCCAGUACAUGGGCCAGUGGUACGAGAUCCAGCGCUACCCACAGCUGGGCGAGUCCAGCGAGACCUGCGUCCAGGUCAACUACACCCUGCAGGCGGACGAAUCGGUCCGCCUGGAGAACCGCGGCAAGAAACCGGACGGCAGGAUCGACGACAUCAAAGGCACCGCCACGGUCCCCGACCCCGCCCACCCCGCUGAGCUGCUCGUCGUGUUCGACGAGGGCUUCCGUGGCAGUUACAACGUGAUCCGGACAGACUACGCGCAAGCGGCGCUGAUCUACACGUGCCGCGCGCUGGGUCCCCUCCUGCUGGAGAACGCGUGGAUCAUGUCGCGAGAGCCGGUGCUGGACCAGGACCUGGUGGAGGCGUACCGGAAGGUGCUGGCCGACGGUGGAUCAGACAUCUCGCAGUUCUCCGUCACGCCGCAAGACUGUGGUGACAUCUUCUGAGGUAGGGGCCGGUUUGAUGUCGGCGAUUCGAAGAAGGAGCCAUUAAAGGGUUCGAGUCUCUCCGACUUAGCGCGUUUUCUCUCGUUGACCACGUGCUGCGGUGGUGUGAUUGUGUUGAAUACAAACUCUUGGAUGAAGACGUAUCUAACUGUUUAGUUUGGUCUAGCCGCAGCCUUGCUCCAAUUGGCCGCACCGACAAAUCAGCGCUCAGCACACAGGCGAUCUCCUUUCCGAGGAAAUCUGCCCAAGACGGAAGACAGACCGACGCCAUUGCCACCAAACAUGUCUGAGAAUUUUCAAAAAUACUCCGGCAUAAACAAAUGCAAGGCAUGCAGAAUUAUCAUGAUUAUUUGCAGCUACGCAAUGCAUUUUUCAGUAAAC